ACCAAGGCGGGUGAGAGAGGAUGCUGAUACUUACUCUCGCCGGCAGUGCUUGUGGGAGGCACGUGGUACCCUCAGAAACCUUUCUUCUGUCCAGCCUUCGCCGCAAGGCCCCAUUUAGGUUAAAUACUUGCUUUAGAGGUAGACGCUUGCGGCCGCAUUCCGGCCCCCACCUCGUUUUCCGCCGGGUAGAAGCCGGUCCCAGAGACGCGAUGGGAGACCGUGGAAAACGCCGGUUCCAAAGUCUAGAAUCUCCCGGCGUGCUGGAGUCACGUAGGCUGCCGGCUCCGGAACCAGCUACUAGUCAGGGUCCGCCUAGCUCCGGUCCUCGCACGGAUCUACUAGACCCGCAGCACUGCUGGCUGGGCGAAUCGGCCGGCGCCGGAAUUCUGCGUCAUCGUUUGGGCGGAGUGGCCCGCAGUGACGCCAUCAUCCCGGCACCUGCCAACAUGGAAGGUAGCGACGGCGGCGUUGCUGUGGCUGGCCACCGGGCUUUGGGCUCUGGAACGGCUGCGGCGACAGUCCGGGAGCUUCUGCAAGACGAUUGUUAUAGUGAUUUUUUAAAUGAAGACUUUGAUGUGAAGACUUAUACUUCCCAAUCUAUUCAUCAAGCUGUAAUUGCUGAACAACUAGCAAAACUUGCCCAAGGAAUCAGUCAGUUGGAUAAAGAACUACACCUACAGGUUGUUGCAAGGCAUGAAGAUUUACUGGCACAAGCAACUGGGAUCGAGUCUUUGGAAGGUGUUCUUCAGAUGAUGCAUACAAGAAUUGGGGCUUUACAGGGAGCUCUUGAUAGGAUGAAAGCAAAAAUUGUUGAGCCAUACAAUAAAAUAGUCGCCCGUACCGCACAACUAGCAAGACUUCAGGUUGCUUGUGAUUUGCUACGGAGAAUAAUUCGUAUCUUGUAUCUCAGUAAGAGACUCCAAGGACAACUGCAGGGAGGAAGUAAAGAGAUAACUAAAGCUGCUCAAAGUCUCAAUGAACUUGAUUAUCUCUCUCAAGGAAUAGACCUUUCUGGAAUAGAAGUAAUAGAAAAUGAUCUACUUUUUAUUGCAAGAGCUCGACUUGAAGUGGAAAAUCAAGCUAAGCGCCUACUGGAGCAGGGAGUGGAGACUCAGAAUCCAACCCAGGUUGGAACAGCUCUUCAGGUUUUCCAUAAUCUUGGAACUUUGAAGGAUACUAUUACAAGUGUCAUGGAUGGAUAUUGUGCUGCUUUAGAAGAAAAUAUCAACAGUGCAUUAGACAUCAAAGUUUUGACUCAGCCUUCUCAGUCAGCUGUGAGAGGGGGACCUGGGAGAUCCACUAUGCCAACUCCUGGAAACACUGCAGCUUUUCGUGCUUCUCUAUGGACCAAUAUGGAGAAACUUAUGGAUCAUAUAUGUACUGUUUGUGGACAGGUUCAACAUCUACAAAAAAUAUUAGUCAAAAAAAGAGAUCCUGUUUCUCACAUUUGUUUCAUUGAAGAAAUAGCUAAGGAUGGACAAUCUGAAAUCUUAUAUACUUUUUGGAAUUCAGUUACUCAAGCACUUUCUUCCCAAUUUCACAAGGCAACAAAUUCUUCUAUGUUUUUAAAACAGGCAUUUGAAGGAGAAUACCCUAAAUUAUUGCGCCUUUAUAAUGAUUUAUGGAAACGUCUUCAACAAUACAGCCAAAAUAUUCAAGGAAAAUUUAAUGCAAGUGGAACUACAGAUCUCCAUGUUGACUUACAACACAUAGAAGAUGAUAUGCAGGGCAUAUUCUUACCUAAAAGACCAGAUUAUGAUCCAGAAAAAGCUUUGAAAGACUCACUGCAACCUUUUGAAGCUGCUUAUUUAUCAAAAUCUUUAUCUCGACUCUUUGAUCCUAUCAACUUGGUUUUCCCCCCGGGGGGUCGUAAUCCUCCAUCUGCAGAUGAACUUGAAGGUAUCAUUAAAACUAUAGGAAGUGAACUAAACGUAGCUGCUGUUGAUACAAACCUCACAUUAGCAGUGUCAAAAAAUGUGGCAAAGACCAUCCAGUUGUAUGGUGUAAAAUCAGAACAGCUUCUCUCCACACAAGGUGAUGCAAGUCAGGUGAUUGGGCCUCUGACUGAAGGGCAAAGAAGAAAUGUGGCAGUGGUGAAUUCGUUAUUUAAAUUGCAUCAGUCAGUAACAAAGGUGGUUUCCAAUCAGAGUUCAUUUCCACCAGCAGCUGAGCAAACUAUCAUUUCAGCCCUAAAGACAAUCCAUGUUCUUAUGGGAAAUGCUGUGCAACCCUUACUAACAUCAGUGGCAGAUGCUAUAGAGGCCAUCAUCAUCACCAUGCAUCAAGAAGAUUUUUCUGGGUCAUUAUCCAGCUCAGGAAAGCCUGAUAUUCCUUGCUCUCUAUAUAUGAAGGAACUGCAGGGUUUCAUUGGCAGAGUUAUGAAUGACUACUUUAAACACUUUGAAUGUUUGGAUUUUGUCUUUGACAACACGGAAGCUAUUGCCCAAAGGGCAAUUGAACUUUUUAUCCGCAACGCCAGUCUCAUAAGACCGCUUGGUGAAAGUGGGAAAAUGCGACUAGCUGCAGACUUUGCACAGAUGGAGUUGGCCGUGGGUCCAUUCUGCAGAAGAGUAUCUGAUUUAGGAAAGUCCUAUCGAAUGCUCAGGUCAUUCAGACCACUGCUCUUCCAGACAAGUGAGCAGGUGGCCAAAAGCCCAGCACUGGGGGACAUCAUUCCAUUCAGCGUCGUGAUCCAGUUUUUGUUCACAAGAGCACCACCUGAGCUAAAAUCCCCCUUCCAGAGGGCAGAAUGGUCUCACGCUCGCUUCUCGCAGUGGCUGGACGACCACCCAUCAGAAAAGGACAGGCUGCUCCUCAUCAGGGGAGCCUUGGAAGCUUAUGUUCAAUCAGUAAGAAGUAGAGAAGGCAAAGAAUUCGCGCCAGUUUAUCCCAUAAUGGUUCAACUGCUUCAAAAAGCUCUGACUGCUCUUCAGUAACAAUGUGAAGUAUCUGUUAAUCAUUAUUUUGUGUUAACCUCUUGAUGUUGCAUCCUCUGUUUUAAGAAUAUACUUGUUUUUCUGUAUUUCCUAUUGAUCUUUUUCUGUUUACCUCUUGAGUUCUGCCUUAAGUAGCAAAAAAUGUUUUAGAUUCAUCACUAUCUUCAAACUCCAUGGACUUGCUUUUCCCAAAAAGACAUCUGAUUCGUCUGACUUUCCUGAGGCUAAAAUUUAUUCCCCAUCAUCUAACAGUCUUUCUACAAGUACACAUCCAUAUUAAGCCCCACUGAUUUUUAAGGUAUAUGGUCAUGUGAUCGUAAGGCAUGUAUCUUGCUUCCCCAUGCCAACCUUCUCCCUUACUAGCUAGCAAGUAUCUGGCUCAGUCAUUUCCAAAUCUGACUACAGGUUAUAAUGCACCUGAUGCCCCAGGUGCAGCCCGUACCAACACAGCAAGAGUGGGAGUAGGCUAGUAGUGGUUAGUUAUUAUUUUAAAAGCCCCAGACAUAGUCUAAUUGCAGCAAAGUUUGGGAACCACUAACAUAUCCCAAAGCUAAGAAUUAGGGUUAAAUGUUUAAAAUAUGUCACUAAUAAAGACAGAGGAAGACUUUU